AGUUUACUUUAGCACCUUAAGGCGAGCGGUUAACAAAGCACGCCAGACAGAGCACUGCCAAACAAAUAAAAAAAUUAAUUUAGAAAAAAAUUUAAAAAAGAAACGGUUUUAAAGUUUUAAAAGUAAAAAAUAUUAAAUAAGUAAAAGAAAGCUUUUUCUAAUAAGUGCAACGAAAAAUAGUUAAAUAUAUGAAAAACAAAGAAAAUCUAUAAUGAAAAACAAAAGAAAAGUGUUCUCCAUGUGAUAAGAAAAUUUUAAGUAAUACAACUACAACAAACCCACAAUAAAAUUAUCACAAGAAAAUUUGAUUAAAUUAUUAACACUAAUUGAUUGUGUGUUUGUUUAUAACUAAAACUUAUAAUAAUAAAAAAACUAACAUUAAACAAAUUAAGAAAAUUUUAUAUUUUUCAUAAAAAAAAUCAAAUUUUUUUUCUUAAACUACCAAAAAAGUGAUUUUUUUCCAAGAAAAGAAAACUUCACUAACCCAGCAAUUCAAAUAAAAGGGAUUUAUUAUUAAAAUACUAUUUUAUACAAAAAAAGCUAAAUAAAUUAAAAAAAAAACAAAACAAAUAUGAUUUCACGUCGCAAAAUCAUUUCACGUUCUUUGGAUAAUUUGGAUGCCAUUGGUCCCAAUACCGAAGAAGAGGAGGAUGUUUGGUAUGACAAAGAGAAAUUAUUUCGUGAUCAUUUAGAGGAGGUCAUGGCAAAAUGGGAACAAAUUGAUGAUGAAAUUUGGGCGAAAAUUAUUGUUUUCGAAAAGAAUCGUCGUGUCGCCAAAGCUUAUGCCAGAUCAUCGGUUAUAUCGAUAAAUGGUUCGAAACAGGGUUUUGAUGGUGUAAGAAUUGGUUUAAAUGGUUUCGAUAAUCCUAUGCGAGAUUCUGAAAUAAAAGUCAUUAAAAAAUCCAUUGGCGAUGGUUUCAAAAUCAAAAUGGAUGAUAUUGGUAAUAUAUUUGUAAAGCGUUAUGGUAAAAGUGGUGUCUUUGUACACAAUACAAGUCAAACGAAUGAGGAAACAGUUAUUGGCGGAGAUAUUUUACAGUUACCCAAUAUGGCGUUGACAACUGGCACAUCGGCAAAGCUUUUCGAUAUGCGUAAAUUUACAACGAAUAUAAAUCGCGAAUUUUCCCGCACUUAUCCCGAGAGUUCACGUCUCGAGGGACAGUGUUUGUCGGCCAUAUCGCUGGUUAAAACGAAUAACAAUUUACUCAAUUGUCCGCUUUGGAUAAUGGUCAUAAAUGUCGUAGCCAUUGAUAUGUACAAGAAUCGUUUGCAGUCGUUGCCAAAAUCUCUAGAUGCCAUGGGUACACGUUUGCCAUUAAGUGCAGUAGGCGGUCAUGUUGCAGGCAGUGAGGAUCCCUAUUCAACGAUUGAAAGUCAAGUUGGUUUAAUCUAUCCAACACCAGCCGCCUCAGAUGAUUCGAAUAAUUCGUCGAAUUCAUCGAGUAAAGGAAGACGCAGUGUUUAUAAUAUGCAAAAUUAUAUAGAAGAGAGUCCGUAUAUGCCAAAGCCUGAUUAUGAUAUUUACAAUCAAGCUGUACCCAUGUUGACCAGUAAAAAGAAUAAAUCUUCACAAAAUCGCAAAAAACAAGAUGAUCCUUACUAUUGUGGUCUUUUGGCACGUAUACCGAAUUUCAUUAAGACCUCUAAGCCCAGUGACAGUAAUAAGAAAAUGAGUAAAAAAGAGGCAAAAAUUGCACGUAAAAUUUCAGCAUCACAACAACAAUUAUUGCAAGUGCCACCACAACCAGCCCAUCCCAUACCUAUAGCCACAUUUCAUCAGCAAUAUCAACCCUUUCAUGCCUAUUAUCCCUAUAAAUUGUACUCACAAAAUCAUCGUCUAUCACAAUCGCAAUUAUCACUAUGGGAUGCCCGUAGUUUAAUAAGUGCCCAUGAAUAAGCAAAAUAACUUUUUUCCACAAGUGUUUUGGUUUCCUGGCCAACUUUUGACUUAUUUAUUAACUUUAUUUUGUGUUAUUUAUAUUAAUUAUAAACAAAAUUUUAUUUUAAAUUUCUUUCCUUUUUUGUAAUUUUUAUUUUAUAAAUGAAAUUUUUAUUAUUUCUUAUGAAAAAAAAGAAAAGUUGUUUUAGCGCAGCUUUUUUUAAUUUAUGUGAUUUUAUUUCUUCUAUUAAGGAGUUUGAAAUGUGUCAAACUAAAAACCUUAAUUCCCGCCCUUUAAAGAGUGCGCUUUCCUUAAAUUUUUAUAAAUGCAAUAUUUUUUAUUAUAAUUACUUAAAAAUCGAAAUAAAAAAAUACUCGUCAUUAUUAUUAUAUUUUAUUAAAUAUAAAUUUUUAUAAGUCAUUUAAAUAUGUAUUUUAAGAAAAUUUUCUAUUUUGCCAUAGAUAUUUUUCGUAUAUAAUUAAUUUUUUAAGACUGAAACAUGUCCUUUUUUUCUAAUAUACACACGAGCAAAAUGUGAGAAAAAUUAAUAAAAUAGUUAAUAAAAAUAAAACUAAUUUAAUGAUAAUUUGUUAUACUAGCCUUUUUUGUUUUAUGUGUAAAUAUUUAAAAGAAAAGUAAAUGUCAAUGUAAAUGUAAAUAGUUUAAGUAUGAGCUAGUUAUGAUUUAUAUAAAGAAAAAUAUACUUAAAAUUUUUAUAUGUGUUAAUUUAAGAUACAUUCGAUACAUUUAUUAUAUAUAAUUUAUAAUGAAAAUAAAAUAUACUGAAAAAAA